AUGCUGAAAAAAAAGAAGGAGUGUUAUACUGUCGAUUCGGAGGAAAAAAACUUGAAGAAAAAAAGCACUUCUACUAAAACGUCAACACUGAAAAAGAAAAAUAUUUCUGGUAAUGGAGAAGAGAGAGAAGAAAAGGAAGAGGUAAUGUGCGAAUUUAAGAAUAAGAAUGAGUCAGAAGAAAACGAAACGAAUAAUGUUGCAAAGCAAUGCAGCGUCGUUGAAAAAAAAAAAAAAAGAAGCGAUAAUUAUGAGAACAAAAAUGGAAAAGGUAAAGAAGAGAAAAUAAAUAUAAAAGAGGCUAUUAUAAAAAAUGUGCGAGUUCCUGAUAAUUAUGAAAUUAAACAUUUGAUAGGACGUGGUUCUUAUGGUUACGUAUAUUUAGCAUAUGAUAAAAAUACAAAUAAGAAUGUAGCUAUUAAGAAGGUAAACAGAAUGUUUGAAGAUCUAAUAGAUUGUAAAAGAAUAUUAAGAGAAAUAACUAUAUUAAAUAGAUUGAAUAGUGAUUAUGUUAUAAGACUCUGCGAUUUGGUAGUACCUGAAGAUUUAUUAAAAUUUGACGAGUUAUAUAUAGUCUUAGAAAUAGCAGAUUCUGAUUUAAAGAAAUUAUUUAAAACACCCAUAUAUUUAACAGAAGAACAUGUAAAAACUAUUUUAUACAAUUUGUUAUUAGGAGAAAAAUAUAUUCACGAGUCAGGUAUUAUACAUAGGGAUUUAAAACCAGCUAACUGUUUAUUGAAUCAAGACUGCUCAGUUAAGAUAUGUGAUUUUGGACUAGCUAGAACAAUAAAUUAUGAGCAAGACAUCCAUAUCGUUAAAGAUGUAGAAGAAAAAGAAGAAAAUGAAGAGCCAGGUCCUCAUAACAAAAAUUUAAAAAAACAGUUAACGAGCCAUGUAGUUACAAGAUGGUAUAGAGCACCUGAACUCAUUUUACUUCAAGAAAAUUACACAAAAUCUAUUGAUAUAUGGUCAACUGGAUGCAUAUUUGCAGAGUUAUUAAAUAUGAUGAAAUGUCAUAUAAACAAUCCAACGAACCGUUUCCCCUUAUUUCCUGGAUCGUCUUGUUUUCCUUUGUCACCUGAUCACAAUUCUAAAAAAGUACAUGAAAAAAGUAACAGAGAUCAGUUAAAUGUUAUUUUUAAUGUAAUAGGUACCCCAACAGAAGAUGAUUUGAAAAGUAUUAAUAAAGACGAAGUCAUUAAAUAUAUUAAGUUAUUCCCUCCUCGAGAAGGUAUUGACUUAAAAAAUAAAUUUCCUUCUAUAUCUGAGGAAGGAAUUGAUUUGCUAGAAUCUAUGUUAAGGUUUAAUGCAAAAAAAAGAAUUACCAUAGAUAAUGCUUUGAGUCACCCAUAUUUAAAAGACGUGAGAAAAAAACAUUUAGAAAAAUUUUCUACAGAAAAAAUUAUACUUCCUUUCGAUGACUGGAUGAUAUUAUCUGAGACUCAGCUAAGAUAUAUUUUUCUAAAAGAAAUUCAGUCCUUUCAUUCGGACCUCGUUAUACCAUCCAAAUUGACUAUACACGAAAAUAAAUUUUAUAAUACAGGAGAGCUCAAAAAUUAG